GUUCAUAGAAGCAAGCAAGUGGUAUUUGCAAAGAGGCUGUUGCUGCCAGCUGGAGGUGAACAGUAUUGCUUAGCUGUUGUCAUCUCAGAAGGGCUAGUUGUGGAUGUGCAGGUACCUUUGUAAAGCAAAAGAUGUUCUGUUUUCUCCUCUUCCACUAUGCUAGAUAGUUGCAAGCUGAAAACUGGAGAAACUUUGCUGUUUGGAUACAAUAAGAGAACAAAUACAAUUGGAACUAGUAAUGCAGAUUUUCCCUUGGCUGAUACCGGAAUGUACCAGUUGGACAUUACAUUAAAAAGGGGUCAAAAUUUAGCAGCGCGGGAUCGUAGAGGGACCAGCGAUCCAUAUGUCAAGUUCAAAAUUGGAGGAAAAGAAGUGUUUAGAAGUAAAACUAUACACAAGAACCUCAAUCCUGUGUGGGAGGAAAAAACUUGCAUUCUUAUUGAUCACCCUAGGGAACCAUUGUAUAUAAAGGUCUUUGAUUAUGAUUUUGGAUUUCAGGACGACUUCAUUGGCUCAGCUUUUAUGGAUCUUGCAUCACUAGAAUUAAACAGACCAACAGAUAUCACCUUGACUUUGAAGGAUCCUCACUACCCUGACCAUGAUCUGGGAUGUAUAUUAUUAUCAGUUCUACUGGCUCCCAAAGAAGGACAGAGGGAAGUGACCAUGCUAAUGAGGAAGAGUUGGAAAAGAUCAAGUAAGUUUCAGCCCCAGAGUUUACGCCUGUCAGACAUGCACAGAAAAUCUCAGCUCUGGAGAGGAAUAGUCAGUAUCACUUUGAUAGAGGGAUGUGAACUGAAGCCCAUGGAUGCAAAUGGAUUGAGUGAUCCCUAUGUGAAAUUCCGGCUGGGCCAUCAGAAGUACAAGAGUAAGAUUGUGCCAAAAACGUUAAAUCCUCAGUGGAGGGAGCAAUUUGACUUUCAUCUCUAUGAAGAGCGAGGUGGAAUUAUUGAUAUUACUGUGUGGGACAAAGAUGCUGGCAAAAGGGAUGAUUUUAUUGGCAGGUGUCAGGUUGACCUGUCGGUCCUGAGUAGAGAACAAACUCACAAGCUGGAGUUGCAGCUGGAGGAAGGAGAAGGAUGGUUGGUACUGCUGGUCACCCUGACAGCAUCAGCUGCAGUCAGUAUCUCUGACCUCUCUGUCAACUCCUUGGAGGACCAGAAAGAGCGAGAGGACAUACUAAAGAGAUAUAGCACAAUGAGGAUGUUUCACAACAUGAAGGAUGUAGGAUUUCUACAGGUGAAGGUCAUCAGAGCAGAAGCAUUAAUGGCAGCUGAUGUCACAGGUAAAAGUGACCCAUUUUGUGUAGUUGAGUUGAACAAUGACAGACUGCUGACACAUACAGUCUACAAGAAUCUCAACCCUGAAUGGAACAAAGUCUUCACAUUCAAUAUUAAAGAUAUCCACUCAGUUCUUGAAGUGACAGUUUAUGACGAAGAUAGAGAUCGGAGUGCUGACUUUCUGGGCAAAGUUGCUAUACCGUUGCUGUCUAUUCAAAAUGGUGAACAGAAAGCCUACGUCUUGAAAAACAAGCAGCUGACAGGGCCAACAAAGGGGGUCAUCUAUCUUGAAAUAGAUGUGAUUUUUAAUGCUGUGAAAGCCAGCAUACGAACAUUAAUGCCCAAAGAACAGAAGUACAUUGAAGAGGAAAACAGACUGUCUAAGCAGCUGCUAUUAAGGAACUUUAUCCGCAUGAAGCGUUGUGUCAUGGUGCUCAUAAAUGCUGCCUACUAUGUUAACAGUUGCUUUGACUGGGAUUCGCCCCAAAGGAGUCUGGCUGCUUUUGUGCUUUUUCUUUUUGUGGUUUGGAACUUUGAGCUCUACAUGAUUCCGCUUGCUUUGUUGUUACUGUUGGCAUGGAACUAUUUCUUGAUCCUAUCGGGGAAAGAUAACACGCAACAUGAUACAGUAGUGGAGGACAUGCUAGAGGACGAGGAAGAAGAGGAUGACAGAGAUGACAAGGAUAGUGAAAGAAAAGGAUUUAUGAAUAAACUCUAUGCCAUCCAGGAGGUGUGUGUCAGUGUCCAGAAUGUCCUUGAUGAAGUGGCUUCCUUUGGAGAAAGGAUAAAGAAUACAUUCAACUGGACUGUCCCAUUCUUAAGCUGGCUGGCAAUUGUUGCCCUCUGUGUGUUCACAGUCAUCCUGUAUUUCAUUCCACUGAGAUACAUUGUCCUUGUCUGGGGCAUCAAUAAAUUUACAAAGAAACUUCGCAGUCCAUAUGCAAUUGAUAACAAUGAGCUACUUGACUUCCUUUCCAGAGUUCCCUCAGAUGUACAAGUGGUGCACUACCAAGAACUGAAACAAGAUCCCAGUCACAGCCCAAAUAAGAGGAAGAGAAACAAUCCUGGCUAGCCAGCUUCAUCUCCUGAGGAGUCUAGCAUCUGCUGAGGGAAGAUAAAAGGAAAAGCCCAAAGCCUAGGCAGCAUUUCCUUUCUCUAAGCUUUUUAUUUAUUUUGCCUUUUUAUCACAGUGGAGAGAAUUUGUAAAUAUUGUACAAAAGCAUUUAUCAUUCAAAAUGUAUUUAGCAUUGUACAGAAAAAUUUGAUGAAGCCUUCAAAUAUGGGUUAUACUGUGGGGAAAGCCUGUGAUUCAUAACAUAACACAAUAAAAAUACGUAAUGUAAAAUAAGUGGUAGAUAUGUAAUAUCUUUUGAUAGUAGAAGGCACAUAAAACUAAAUUAAAUAUUCAAGUCAUGCUGAUGAAAUCUGCAAAAAUAUAAAUAUAAAUCUGAUUUGAAAAUGUAAGUGCAGUUUUAUUUGAACAUUAAUAUUUUUAUCCAAUAAGUUUCCAUUACAGUUUUUUAUUUUUUAUAACUUUAAACAGAAAUACAAUGUAAUGGAACCUACUGCAUUUAAGUUUUAUCAAAGCUUUAGACACUCUUGUUAACUUCUCGUGCAGUGUAUUCCUCAUUAGCUUACAAGUAGCCCAAGUGCAAAUUUCUUACUAGAGCUCCAUUAAUUGAAGAGAUUCCUGCCUUUUUUAUCAUUCCAUCAUGAGACUUUAAAAUACAUACAUAUAUCUAAAAAUACUGCCAGGUUUGUAACUGACUACAUCUCUUUUUUAUAUGUACCAAUAAUAUUAAUUUGUACUAACUAGUUUAGUGAAUGAAAUACAUAGUUCAGUUGUAAAGAAAAUUCUAUCAGAUUAAAUCCAUAUUGCUUCAGGUGUCAGGUUAUGAACACCAUUUGUGCACAUAAAGACUUUUAAUACUAAACUGUUACAGAAAAUGUUUUUGCUUUCUAAUUACAAAGUCAUAUUAAAAUGCUUUAUGGCAUAUUAUAUUACCUGUUACUGGUGUGACAUACAGUGUAAGGGAAAAAUGCAGUAGUAAAAGUGAUAUACCAGUUUUAUUUCUUUGUUUAAUAAAGUAAUCAGUCCUCCUGAUACAGACAUCCCCCACUGCCUGAAAGUCUAUUUUGUAAAUUAAAUGGCAUGCACACAAACAUGAUUUACAUUUCAAAUGUUUUAAUAGCCAUUGUAUAAAUAAUACAUAGAGAUAUAUUCUCAUAUCUCUGCAUGAAGAGUUCUACACCUAAAGUAACUCCCCAGAUAGGAGUGUACUAUCCACUACUAAGUGCCUACUUAUUUGACUCUUAGUCAACACUCUUAGUAAUGUCACAUGGAAUUUUGCCUGAAUAGGAACUGCAGGAUUAUGGCCAGGAGAAAUUCUCUGUGUCCUAUUUUGUGGGGCAGCUGGCUUGUGUUGUGAUUGCUGGGAAAGUUGCAUUGCACUACGUAUUUGAAAAAGAUAUUUAGAAAUAGCGCGUGCAGGGAAAUGUAUAUGUGUGUCUAGCUCUCAUGAGCAAUGCAGUUAAUUAUUUAAUUUGGAAACUUAUUUUUGUUGUAAAGAUAUGUUGCUAAUUAAUGCUUUUUAUAAUAUAGCUAUUUUGAUCUUUUCUGUUUGUAUAACAUGCCUGAAAGAAUGCCACUCCUAUUACCUUUCUGUGAAAAGCCUUUGGCCUAAAUGUGCUCCAGAUAGAUCAUUAUGUUAUAGUGAUCUAUUUAAAAUGCACCCAUAUCUAUCCUGUCACUGUUGGUUGCUGAAGAACAAUACACCAUUAGUGAAUAAAAAUACUGCCAGGUUUGUAACUGA